GGCUGUGAGCGGCAGGCAGGGAGAGCUCUCAUUGGUCAGCCGCUCCGGGCCCUCCCCCACACUGUUGCCGUGGUUGCAGGUCCGGCCCUCCCGCCUGCUCUCUGACAGCGAGGCUUCCUGAGGAGAGAAAGGGGUCCCGUUGGUCGGUCUAGAACAAGGCUGCUGUUACCAGGCCCGCGCCGAGCCGUUGCCAUGGCAGCCGCCGCCGGGGGCGCGGACGACGAGUCGCGCUCCGGCCGUUCGAGCUCGGACGGCGAGUGCGCGGUGGCGCCGGAGCCGCUGACGGAAGCCGGGGGCUUGUUCUCCUUCGCGGACCUGGGGGCGGCGCUGGGCGGCGGCGCGGGCCUCCCCGGCCUCUCGGGGGCCCAGUCUCCGCUGCGCUACCUUCAUGUGCUGUGGCAGCAGGACGCCGAGCCCCGCGACGAGCUGCGUUGCAAGAUCCCCGCAGGGCGACUGAGGCGAGCCGCCAGGCCGCACUGCCGGCUCGGGCCCACCGGCAAGGAGGUGCACGCUCUGAAGAGGCUGAGGGACUCUGCCAAUGCCAAUGAUGUAGAAACAGUGCAGCAGCUGCUGGAAGAUGGCACAGAUCCCUGUGCAGCUGAUGACAAGGGCCGUACAGCCCUUCACUUUGCCUCCUGCAAUGGCAAUGACCAGAUUGUGCAGCUACUCCUGGACCAUGGGGCUGACCCCAACCAAAGGGAUGGUCUGGGUAACACGCCACUACACCUAGCGGCCUGCACCAACCAUGUGCCUGUCAUCACCACACUGCUUCGAGGAGGGGCCCGUGUAGAUGCCCUGGACCGAGCUGGCCGCACACCCCUGCACCUGGCCAAGUCCAAGCUGAACAUCCUGCAGGAGGGCCAUUCCCAGUGCCUGGAGGCUGUGCGGCUAGAGGUGAAGCAGAUUAUCCACAUGCUGCGGGAGUACCUGGAGCGCCUAGGACGGCAUGAACAGAGGGAACGGCUGGACGACCUCUGUACCCGCCUCCAGAUGACAAGUACCAAAGAGCAGGUGGAUGAAGUGACCGACCUCCUGGCCAGCUUCACCUCCCUCAGUCUGCAGAUGCAGAACAUGGAGAAGAGGUAGCAAGAGAGGCCCCUGCCUUCCUGCUCUGUCACCACCCUCAUGCUCUCCACUUUGAGUACAAGGAAAGAGCCCUGGGGACUUUGGGGCUCCACUUUGCCCUUAGAUGCUGAGGGCAGAGCUGCUCUCAGACAGUCUCCAUCAUCUCCAUGGGCCAGGACCACAGCCCCAGCUCCUGCUACAUUUUGCCGACCUCUAGCCACACUUCAGCUCUGGCUGAUAUGCACUGUCCUAGCCUCCUCCUAUGUCCUCCAUGGUGCCCCCAGCAGGCUCCAGAGCUUUGUCUGUAUUUCUUCCAGGCCAUGGGGUUAUUACCAUUAGCUGACUUUGGGAAGGAGCUCUCAAGCCACUAGCGCUGCUUCGCCCAAGGAAAUCUCCAACUCCUUCCCUCCUAGCCAUUGAAAUACUGGGAGGGGGAUCUGUUUUGUAGCCCAUUUGUCAGAGGUAGAUAGUGGUCCAGGUGCCCAGGUCCUCAUCCAGGAACCUGUGGGCCUUACAUAGUACGACAAGAGGUUAUACAGAUACAACUAAAAGUAUCGAGGAGAGAUGAUCCUGGAUCAUCUAGGUGGGCUGGAUGUAAUCACAGGGAGCCUUGUGGGAAGGAAGUAGGCAUUGGAAGAAAUGAGACUGCUGCUGUGCGGAUGUGAAAGGUCAAGGAGCGAAGGCACAGGUACCUCCAGGAGUGGGAGGAGGGCAGCAAAUGGAUUCCCCUCUCAGACCCUCCAGCCAGGGACUGGCUCUGCUGACAGCUGUAUUUGAACUCAGCAGGACAGUUUUAGGUUCUAGCCCCCAGAACUGUGAGAAUAAAUCUGUUGUUUAAGCCA